UGUCACCAAUAGCAGUUCAACUUGGCGGGCACUGCGCUACCACCGAUAAGUUUAGAAUAGAAAUAAGGACGACUUCGCUCUGGGAGAUAACCAUGGAUAACGGCUCCAUUGUGAAGAACUGUGAUGAACUGGAAAUACGGGAGCAGGUCAGCCCUGGAACUGCGGUGAAGGAGUACCCUGGGGACGGGGAGCGCAUCCACUUGCAUGGUGAGGAUUCUCUGGAGAAGCCCCCCUACUCAUACGUGGCUCUGAUUGCAAUGGCCAUCGAAGAGAGCCAGGAGAAAAAGUUGACACUGAACGGAAUUUAUCAAUACAUCAUCACCAAGUUUCCAUACUACCAGGCAGACCAAAAGGGAUGGAAAAACAGCAUCCGCCACAACCUCAGCCUGAACGAAUGUUUCGUGAAGGUCCCCAACCUGAAUGCGGGAGAGAGGAGAGGCAAUUACUGGAUGCUCGACCCUUCAUAUGGAGACAUGUUUGAUAAGGGGAAUUACAGACGCCGGAGACGCCUGAAACGGACAUACAGGGGCCCGAGUUCAACGUACCUGCCUGGACCAGCAGUUCUGAACGUACCUGACCCCCACUACUUUCACCAGGAGCCCAUGUACUGGCAAUCGCCAUACGCCAGUGGUGCAUGGAGCGCACCCCAGGGCAGUCAGCACUCGCCAAGUGGAUUUUACGCCGGGGAGGCAUACCCAGUGUCCAAGGCGUACCCCGACCCUUCUGUGAUGUACUACCAUGCCCCAACCACCUGUAGCCGCUGGCGUCGUUCCUCAGACGUCCUGCUGCCCCACAGCGCCCCCUCCGGCAGUCUUCACCAGUUUACCUACGCCAGGUAUCCCGAGACGGAGCAGCUGCACAUGACUGAAAGUAACGUGCAUGGUCUCUAGCUGGGAACUAAGAUGACUUGUGGAUGAUGUGUCAGAAAGAAGUUAUAUAUUUUCUGAUGAGGUUUGUUUCACUCUGUUUAUGUCCUACCUCAAUCCAAGACACUCUCACUUCGUUUGUUAUACAGUUUGUUGAAUGUCUUGGUCAUGGAAAUAUACAAAAUGACCAUGCGGAGUUGCGCAUUUUGUUGCUGCUAUUGUCAAUUGCAUGGUUUCAUUGCUGCAAUAUACGUGAUUUGUAUGAUUUCCUUCAGGGAACUUCGUUUUGAUUAUAUACCAGGCUGCGCAUUUUUGUCGAAGUGUUUACAAUCACUCUCCGAGUAAUUUAGCCUAACAUUAUGGUAAAAUUGUGUAUGUGUUCAGUUGUGUGUGUUCAGUUUUGAUAGUUUUUU